AUAGCGUGACUGAGCCCCAUUUACCUGAAACGCCACUGCCCUGCUCACUACUCACCUGUCCUAUAAAACUCUCGUUCCUUGCAGCGUCACAUGCCGACUUUGUCACUCCAUUCACGAGCCAAAGCUAGCUAGCUCCUCUCGGUGCACGAUCGAGUUACGAGUACGAGCACACGUCGCCUUCCCUACCGUUGCCAACAAGCAACAGAGCCAAGAAAUCAGUCGCGCUAGAGCGAGCAAGGACGAUGCUGGGAUGCUUCUCGCGGCUGCGGCGGCCGACGACAGCGGCGCCGGAGCCCAUGCCGGCGGCGUCCGACGACGCGUCCACGUCGACGGCCUCGGCGGCGGGCUCCACCUCGCCGUGCUCGUGGUCGUCCUCGGCGCGCUGCAAGGACGACGAGGACCACGGCGGCGGCGCGGUGGGCAAGGACCCGUCGGCGCUGUCCGAGCCCGGGCUGUCCUCGGCCAUCGCGUCGCGCCGGUUCUUCCUCUCGUCCCCGGGCCGCUCCAACUCCAUCGUCGACUCGUCGGCGCACGGCGGCGGCGGCGGCGCCGCCGCCGCCCCCGCCCUGGACGUGGGCGUGGGCGCGGCCGGGGUGGCGGUGCCCACGUACUCGCCGGACCCGCACGCCGACUUCCUCCGGUCCAUGGAGGAGAUGGCCGCGGCGCUGCGGCUGGACGCGCGGCGCCGCGGCGACAGGGCGCGCCUCCACGAGCUGCUGCUCUGCUACCUCGCGCUCAACGACAGGCGCGCGCACAAGUACGUCGUCAGCGCCUUCACCGACCUCCUCCUCCGCCUCACCGCCGCCGCCGCAGCCGCCAACCUCAGCGACGACGACCGGCACGAGUAACCGCCUUUUUUUUCACGGUCAUGGCCGUGCGUACGGACAGAAUUUCGGGUACGGCGGAGGCUCAAAAAUCCUCGACAGCAUGAGCGAGCGUUCCAAGAUCACCCAGAGCUGUACAUACUGCCUCCAGCUCCAGAUCGAGCUCCGUAGCUAGAAAUCUGUUCGUGUGCGCAGCAUUUUGGUUCCCUUUUACCUCUAGCUCUGGGUGUGUUCAGUUGUGUGAGUGUGACUGUGUGAGCAGUGAGCGUGCUGGCGAAGAUAUGAUAUGGUAUGGCCAGCCUCUAAAAACAAAGCGGCAUUUGCAUCGCGCUCGCUUGGUUUGCUUUGUGAUUGCCUGUUUGCCUUUGCCUUUUUGGGGGGUCA